AGGUGUCUGGCCCAGGCCGCGCUGGCCGGGCGUCCUCCAGAAGGUGACCCCAGGGCUGGCUCGGCCGAGCCGCAGGAUGCUUGGAAGCGGCCCCGACCCUGCGGUCAGCGAGCCCGGGGACAGCAGCGACUUCAGUGACGAGAUUCUCAACGAGCCACUCAAGCACUCUGACUUCUUCAAUAUCAAGGAACUGUUUUCCGUGAAAAGCCUCUUUGAAGCCCGAGUGCACCUGGGACAUAAAGCUGGCUGUCGGCACAGGUUUAUGGAGCCGUACAUCUUUGGGAGCCGCCUGGACCAGGACAUCAUUGACCUGGAGCAGACAGCCUCGCACCUCCAGCUGGCCUUGAACUUCACCGCCCACGUGGCCUACCGCAAGGGCAUCAUCUUGUUCGUGAGCCGCAACCGGCAGUUCUCGCACCUGAUUGAGAACAUGGCCCGGGACUGCGGCGAGUACGCCCACACCCGCUACUUCAAGGGCGGCCUGCUGACCAACGCCCCGCUCCUCUUUGGCCCCACGGUCCGCCUGCCGGACGUCAUCAUCUUCUUGCACACGCUCAACAAUGUUUUUGAGCCCCACGUGGCCGUGAGGGACGCGGCCAAGAUGAACAUCCCCACCGUGGGCGUUGUGGACACCAACUGCAACCCCUGCCUCAUCACGUACCCCAUCCCCGGCAACGACGACUCGCCCCCGGCCGUCCACCUCUUCUGUAGGCUCUUCCAGACAACUGUCAUCCGGGCCAAGGAGAAGCGGAGGCAGGUUGAGGCCCUGUACCGACUACAUGGCCAGAAGGGGACCCAGGGCCAGGAGUCAGCCAACCCUUCCUCCAGGGUAGGCAUGAGCCUUUCCCUGUGACAUAAAGCUGUCUUCCCAAGUCACACAACAGCCACGCCUGUUUGAGUUGGGAAUCGCUGUCCCCAGCUCUAGGUCCCAACAACAGCAUUCAUGGGCCUUCUAGGCACUUGGUCCUUAUUACCAGUGACAGUACAUGGCCACCCAAGGUUUCCCCUUCAACCCAGGGCCAAGCAGACCAAGACUGUCUUCUGCAUUUUUUCUGUGGGGAACAGAACACAGAGGGCAAAGGGCUUGUCCAGAACAACCCAUUCAGCUACAGCAAGGCCUGGAAGCCUGGUGUGUCGAUUGCUGCUGCGGCCAACCCACUGGGAAGCUGGGGUCUGAGAAGUCUUCGUUUCUACCUUAAUGCUAGACCUUUCUUAGGAAGGAUCAUGUACCAACUCAAUUUUACUUAACCAAAAUAUCUUCCAGUAGGACUGCUUUCCAGGCUGCCUGGUUUCAGGGGCAAUUUUGUUACGCGUUGUGGAACAAGCAGUUCAGGGCUCCCAGCCAGGUUGGGACAGGCCAGGCGAAACGGCAUGAGUCCGGCAGAAAUAAAACCUUGAUUUGGGCAAAUUGCGACUUAGA